UUGCGCACAGUAACAGUAAACUGUGACAAGUAUUCCGACACCUGUAGUGUCUGGUUACCCGGAUUGGAAAACACCUUCUUAAACUUGUGGGUAUGUCUUAAAAAAGCCAGCAAUAUAUACCCUAGCAAAAAUGAAUUCGAUGGUGAUCGUAUUAAGCUUGUCACAGUAGGACAACCGAGGACGGAUGAUGUCGAAUUCGCUAAAGCGCAUGGAAAACAGGUACGACAUAAGAUUCAACAACGCUUUGCUUGA